AUGUCUUCGAACGUAGGACUCACCACACCGAGAGGUUCAGGCACAUCUGGCUACGUGCAGCGCAACUCGGCCAAUCUCCGACCUCGCGACAAUCCCAAGCCAUACCCCACCGACAUCGACUCGAUCAAGCACCGACAACGACAGCCCGACAAGGAGAUGCUAGAGCACGAUCGCAAGCGCGAGACUGAGGUGAAAGUGUUCGAGCUGCGCGACAAACUCGAAGAUGAAGGGCUUGACGAAGACGACAUCGACGACCAAUGCGAUGCACUGCGAAAGAAGCUGGAGUCGGAGCAGAGCACAUCGGGUGGUGGCCCAGCCGCGAAGGGUCUGAAGUCCCACCAAGUGCACGAGUUGGCGCGAGCGAAGAUGGACGAGAGUGAAAAGCUGCGAAGAGCGCUGGGCAUCAGCAAGGACUACGAAGAGGGCAGCCAUUGGAAGCGACAAGAAGAGCGAAAGCUGGAGAUGGAGCGAGAGCGUGGAAAGGGCGAGAUUGGCAGAGAUCGUGAUUGA